CACUGUGGGUCCGGCGACCGGCGGGCGGGCACCCAGGGCGGCGUUCCCGUGGUACGGCGCCUCGGCUGCUGCCCCGAGCGGGUUCCACCCCGGAGCCUGACGCUCCUGGGGGCUCUAGGCGGAGUCCCGGGAGCUGAGGGGGACCGGCGGCCGCCGCCGAAGCAUGAGGAAGGGGUAAGGCAAGAGCCCCCCAAGAUUUCACGGUGAAUUGACACAGAGGUCUCAAGAUGCCAUUAGUGAAAAGAAACAUUGAUCCUAGGCACUUGUGCCACACAGCAUUGCCUAGAGGCAUUAAGAAUGAACUGGAAUGUGUAACCAAUAUUUCCUUGGCAAAUAUAAUUAGACAACUGAGUAGCUUAAGUAAAUAUGCUGAAGAUAUAUUUGGAGAAUUGUUCAAUGAAGCACAUAGUUUUUCCUUCAGAGUUAACUCUUUGCAAGAACGUGUGGACCGUUUAUCUGUUAGUGUUACACAGCUUGAUCCUAAAGAAGAAGAAUUGUCUUUGCAAGAUAUAACAAUGAGAAAAGCUUUCCGAAGUUCUACAAUUCAAGAUCAGCAGCUUUUUGACCGCAAGACUUUGCCUAUUCCGUUACAGGAAACGUAUGAUGUUUGUGAACAGCCUCCACCACUCAAUAUACUCACUCCAUAUAGAGAUGAUGGUAAAGAAGGUUUGAAAUUUUAUACUAAUCCUUCAUAUUUCUUUGAUCUGUGGAAAGAAAAAAUGUUGCAAGAUACAGAGGAUAAGAGGAAGGAAAAGAGGAAGCAGAAGCAGAAAAACCUAGAUCGUCCGCAUGAACCAGAAAAAGUGCCAAGAGCACCACAUGACAGGAGGAGAGAAUGGCAGAAACUGGCCCAAGGUCCAGAGCUGGCUGAAGAUGAUGCUAAUCUCUUACAUAAGCAUAUCGAAGUUGCUAAUGGCCCAGCCUCUCAUUUUGAAACAAGACCUCAGACGUAUGUGGAUCAUAUGGAUGGAUCUUACUCACUUUCUGCCUUGCCAUUUAGUCAGAUGAGUGAGCUUCUGACUAGAGCUGAGGAAAGGGUCUUAGUCAGACCACAUGAGCCACCUCCACCUCCACCAAUGCAUGGAGCAGGAGAUGCAAAACCCAUACCCACCUGUAUCAGUUCUGCUACAGGAUUGAUAGAAAAUCGCCCUCAGUCGCCAGCUACAGGCAGAACACCUGUUUUUGUGAGCCCUACCCCCCCUCCUCCUCCACCACCUCUUCCAUCUGCCUUGUCAACUUCUUCAUUAAGAGCUUCAAUGACUUCUACUCCUCCCCCACCAGUACCUCCCCCACCUCCACCUCCAGCCACUGCUUUGCAAGCUCCAGCAGUACCACCACCUCCAGCUCCUCUUCAGAUUGCUCCUGGAGUUCUUCACCCAGCUCCUCCUCCAAUUGCACCUCCUCUAGUACAGCCCUCUCCACCAGUAGCUAGAGCUGCCCCAGUAUGUGAGACUGUACCAGUUCAUCCACUUCCACAAGGUGAAGUCCAGGGGCUGCCUCCACCCCCACCACCACCUCCUCUGCCUCCACCUGGCAUUCGACCAUCAUCACCUGUCACAGUUGCAGCUCUUGCUCAUCCUCCCUCUGGGCUACAUCCAACUCCAUCUACUGCCCCAGGUCCCCAUGUUCCAUUAAUGCCUCCAUCUCCUCCAUCACAAGUUAUACCUGCUUCUGAGCCAAAGCGUCAUCCAUCAACCCUACCUGUAAUCAGUGAUGCCAGGAGUGUACUACUGGAAGCAAUACGAAAAGGUAUUCAGCUACGCAAAGUAGAAGAGCAACGUGAACAGGAAGCUAAACAUGAACGCAUUGAAAAUGACGUUGCCACCAUCCUGUCUCGCCGUAUUGCUGUGGAAUAUAGUGAUUCAGAAGAUGAUUCAGAAUUCGAUGAAGUUGAUUGGUUGGAGUAAGAAAAAUGCAUUGAUAAAUAUUACAAAACUGAAUGCAAAUGUCCUUUGUGGUGCUUGUUCUUUGAAAAUGUUUGAUCAUUCUAGUGUUUUGCUUUCUUUUCCUUAUAAUAACCCUUUGCCUCCAUAAUUUUUGAUUUCUAAGAAAAAUAUUAGCAUACAUUUCAAACUAAA